AUGAGUUAUAGAGCAAUUGCACUUGACCUUGAUGGUACAAUUUUAAAUUCAAAUAAACAAGUUAGUGAAAAUAGUAAAAGAGUUUUACAAUAUAUAAGUAAACCAGAAUUUAAAAAUAUUGAUGGAGAAGAAGUUUUAGUAUUAUUAGCAAGUGGAAGAGCACCAUAUUUAGUUUCACCAGUUGAAGAAGCAUUAGGGAUCGAUUGUUAUUUAAUUGGAUAUAAUGGUAGUAUUUGUUUUGGUCGUAAAUCCGAGGGUAGAAAUACAGUAUUCUCACAUAGUAUCGAUAAUAGUAAUCUCAAAGCCAUCUUUAAAUAUGUUGAAGAGAAUAAUCUCUUUUUAAAUAUCUAUGGUGAUGGUAUCGUAUAUGGUAUUGAUAAACCGGAAUUGGCAGAAAAACCAAGACGUUAUUCAAUUAUGACUGGUGCAACCUAUAAAUUAAUUCCAAGUUAUUCAACAUUACCAGAGGAUUUCACACCAGCCAAAUGUUUAAUCAUUUUAGAUGAUGAUAAAGAAUGUGAUCAAUUAUUGGAAACUAUGCGUCCACUAUUCCCAACACUUUCAUUAGUUAAAUCAAAUUGUAUGAAUAAAGAUUACAAACAAUACUAUGUAGAAUUUCUUGAACAUGGUGUAAAUAAAGGAACAUCAGUCAUUGAUUUCUGUAAAGCUAAAUCAAUUGAUUCAAGUAAAGUCGUAGCAUUUGGUGAUGCUGAAAAUGAUAAUGAAAUGUUAGAACAAUCUGGUCUUGGUAUUUGUUUAGCAAAUGGUACUGAUAUCACUAAAUCAAUUGCAAAUAAAGUUUCACAAUAUACAAAUGAUCAAGAUGGUGUUGCAAGAGAAUUAGUAAAAUUAUUUAAUUUACCUGAAAAUUUAAUUCAAUAA